AUGCCAUCAUCAGAGGUCCCCUGCGCCGCAUGCAAAUGGGCCCCAGAUCAGCAAAGAUGCUGCGCCUACGAAAAACGCGGGAAACAUCCCCCUAGCCAUGAGGUCAUCAACACCCACUUCAUCAAAGAGAAUACCACCAUCCCUGUCCCGACAACCGUGCAGGAGUGGACCGAGGGCGAAAAGUAUUUCCAGGUCGUCGAGUGGGUGCCUGGGGUACCGUUAGAGGAGAUCUGGUCGUCAAUCCCCCAACCCGACCGGGAAAGACUCGCUCGUCAGACUGCGGAGUAUCUGGGGCAGCUCCGCUCGUUCCUCUCUGCUAAGAUCCAAAGUCUCCAUAGCCAACCGGUUUGGUGUCCUCAUCUCUUUCACAAUGAUGAAUGUGGGGUUACACAUGGGCCAUUGAGCACGGCUGACGAGCUCUGGGAUGUUUUGGCGAAUUAUCUAAGCGACAAAGUACCGGAAGUUGUAAGCUUGCUGCCCCGUUACCGCAUCCCUUCUCCUCACCCGUGGACUUUUACCGACUUGACUAACUGCAAUAUUAUCGUGGAUCCAGCCAACUUUGAAUUGAGAGCUGUGAUUGAUUGGGAGGGCUCGGGGUAUUUACCUGUGUGGUGGGAGUUUCUGGGGGCUACCUUCGGGUUCGGUAAGGGUGACCUAGAAUGGAAACGUCUGCUGGGAAACAUGACCAAUCAGAAAGAGGCUUGUACAUGGUUUCUGGAAUAUAGGUCGUUUGAAUCACGUUCGAAUGAUUUCGAAACGCGAUUAAGGGUGCUAAAGGAAUAUGGCAUUGAGGAAGAUAUAGAGAUCUAG